CGGGUGCCGGCCUUCCCUCCCGUGCCCUCAGCAUGGCGGCCAUUGUGGCCCGCGGGGUGGAGGGGCUGGCCGAGCGGGCCCGGGGCCGCCUCCUGCUGCUCCGCGGGGCGGCCGCCACACCCGAUCCUUUUUUAGUGCGGGCCUCUGAAUCUCUAGACGCGCUUAAAGCCCUUUGUACCGAAGAUAAAGAAAAUGCGAAUCCAUCAAAUCUUCUAGAGCUUUACACACAGGCUAUCUUGGACAUGACCUAUUUUGAGGAGAACAAGCUGGUAGAUGAAGAUUUUCCAGGAGACUCUUUGCAGAAAGUAAAGGAGCUAAUCAGCGUUCUUUCAGAACCGGAAAUUCUAGCUAAAGAAAGUAACCUGCAUCCAGAAAAAUACACCCUGCUGGAGGCAGAAGUGCUGGAGUGUCUCUACUGGCGCCGAGGAGCCCUGCUCUACAUGUACUUUUAUUCCGUGACCAAACGGGAGAGGUGGCCGGCAGGGAAGGCCGCUUUCCCGAGAAAGGACCUCAGUGACGGAAUACAUUUCUUGCUCAAGAUGUUUACUUUCCGAUGCCCUAUCCAGCUAAGUGACGGUGUUAAUUUUCAGGAUAUCGACACAGCCAAGUUACUCAGCGAGGGUAUAUACAGUGACACACAUUUACUAGCCAUGAUGUACGUUGGAGAAAUGUGUUACUGGGGCCUGAAGUAUUGUGGACAUGAAAAGGCAGAGCAUAACGAGGAGGCCGCUCCCAGUAACGAUUUAGACUGCAGUGUCCAGAAAGAGAUCGUAGAUUUCCGAGAGAUAGGAGAGAGAAUAUUGAAGAGAUAUGUAUCCGUGUGUGAGGGGUCUCUGCAAGAACAGGGCUGGAAUACGACCAAUGCAAAAAGAAUACUGGACUUCUUCUGGAAUUUUGCUAAUUAGUUUCUUCGGUUAGUCACCAGCGUGCUCUCUCUCUCUCUCUCGAAGUAACAACACUAAAGAGCACAAGAAGUUACACGAUGCAGCACCUUUUUCUUUUAAGUUAACAAAAGAUUUCAACUUCUUUUCUCGUUAAAAAAGAAGCCAACACUUUAUAGCAGCAACAACAGAAAAUCCAGCUGCCCCCCCACUCCCCCCAAUUCUUUACCGUUUACGAUGGCGUCUCCUCUAAAGUAUUUAUUCUACAUUCCCACUGGCAGUGCCUCUCUCCCACCCGCAUCGCCUCUCCCUUCCCGAUUCAAAACUUUGGGAAGAAUCUCUGCUGUCUCUGCUUCUUCCACUCACCCCGUACAAGUAACGACUUACCGAGGGCACUAGAAAUAACUUUUUCAUUCGUGACAUGGCUCCGAUCCCCCCGUUUUCACCUGUUCCCCCCAAAUCCCCCCCCCCCCCCCCAAGACCCCGGUCCGGUGGCCUCCGGAGAAACGUAGCUUCGAUCUGGUUCAUCUUCCAGCCCUCUCCGCUCUAAAAUAUCCCCAUCGCCACAUCUAAAGCCAUUAUCCGGGCUUGCUGUUUUGACUACCACUGGGCUCUCCAGAAGCUCGCCACCAUUCGGGUUGAACACAGGCUUCUGACUUGCCUACAAAGCCUUUCAUCCUACUUAAUCCGCUCGUCUCCCAUUACACCCAAUUUGUGUUUUCCAGUCCAGCCAGACUUGCCUUCCUCUAAUCCCUCCCACGUAAUUUUCUCUCCGUGCUGCCUCCUGACGCCUUAGCUUUUUCGUUUUUAGUACACAGUGGACCGACUGCCCUCUUCUGUCUACCGUUGCGCCUCGGCCUCUCCGUUAAAUGGCACCUCAGAGCCCGGUCUCCGAGGCCUCCCCCUUUUUUUUUCUGAAGCGCUUGUAUUCCUUCAUCGACCGUCUGCUAGUCUUGUCUCCCCUGUAGGACUGGAGGUGAUACCUUUGGAGACGACGCCUGUUUUUCUGUAUUAUGUCAAACACCCAGCCUUGGAUGCCUAAUAAAUACUCGUUUGUUGAUCGUCGUAAGAA